GCACGCCAGCAGUCACUAUGGCAUGGGUUGCUAUGCGGCCAGAGUUCACGAAAACACAGUACAUACAUAUUGUGGAAUAGUGUUUGGCGCGUCGUUUUCUCCGGUUUUUUGAUUUCCCGGUGAUAAGUGCGGAAAAUUGUUUCCAGUCAAAAUGGUGCCUUCGAGCUGCGCCAGAGAUAGCGAGUUCCCAAUCUCUGUUCCGGCCAGGCGUUCUCUCAUUAAGACGGCAUAAACAAAAAAUCAACCCCCAAGAUGAACGGAGAGAUACCAAGUGUUCCGAUCACCACCCUGGCGGGCAUUUCAAGCCUAACAGACUUGUUGCCUGAAAUGCCCUUGCCGACGCCCCUGCCUCAAACCAUGAGCAAUAAGUCUCUGCUUUUUCACCCCCGAGUGGCAGAAGAGGCUCAGAUUUUGUUGAGCGUACACGAUGACAACCUGGUUCCUCAACUCAUUCACAGUUUGAUUGAAACCUCUGCCGAGCACAUAGAGCUGAAGGAUCAUUUCGCGGGCACGGAUCACCUGAUCGAACACCAACAAAACAUCCCUGUUCUGCUCAAAGCGAUCUUGCAGAGAAACCCCAACGCCUUUAAAGGCCCCAACACCCAAGCGGCUCGAGCGUCCUGUACGAGAGCGCCCGCGGUGAGCAACUUCGUUCCACAGCCAGCGGUGGCGCCGAGUUUUCCGCUGGUGGAGCAAAACUCCGUGUUCCCCAACCUGAUGCCGCAGCACCAACAGCCGCCACCGCCGCCGCAGCAGCAAGUAACCCCAAAUAGGUUUGUGAACAACCUGUCUGGCCUGGAGCAGUGUUCCUUCUCGGGCAACUUCAACCAGCAAAUGCCGGCGGCGAUGUCGAUGCCCCUGCCGACCCUGGCGCAGACGCCGCAGCAGCUGCUCAAGGUGCUGGAAGAGGACAAGGUGGUCAACGGCAGCAACAGCAGCUUCGCCGCUGCCGCCAGCAGAGCGCUACAAAACUGCAACGAACCCCAGCACAACGCCGUCAAAGAGGAGCAUAAACCUGUUGCCUCUAAUUCUGCCUCAGCGCCGCCUCCACCCCCACCAGAAGAGCCAGUUAAAAAUUCGUCAGUAUUUAAGAUCAAGGAGCCAAGAGUCAUGCUGAACAGGUUAAAUCCAGAGGAUGAAGCUCUGAUGCAGAAGAGUUUGAAGGAGUUUGCUCAAAACAAGCCAGACCUGGCAAACAAGUUGGGCAUAACGCAAUGUAAGGAAAACAACACGUCUCGCAGAGCUGCUACAAGAUCUAAGUACAAGGAAGUGUCUUCUUCGUCUGACAGCGAGGAAGAGACCGCAAAAAAGUCCAACUCGAAAAUUUUCAAAAAUAAAGGGCGAGAGAAAGAGGCGCUGCGAAAGCGAGAGCGAGAGGAAAAGCGGAGCAAGCAGCAGGAUGACGACUACGAACUGCCUGACUUUGAGUCUCCUAGCAGAGGCCGAAAGUCGAAUUCCACUGAUGAGUCUCCAAGGAAGAAAAUCCGCAGAAUUGAGCGAAAGUUGGUUCCUGUGAUUCAAAAAUUAACCACCGACGAGUUGAUGGAGAGCAACACAUAUCAACGGUUCAGCAAGUGCGUCGACCUCAUUUUUGAAAACACCGAAGAUUUAGAUCUGAACGCAGAAUUUGAGGAAGACAUGGACGUGCCGAGCGAGGCUCUCAUUCCCAAGUACCAGCUGCAAGACUUGUACAGCGAAGCCGCCAAACUGAAGACCAUGGGUGCCACUCAGUCCAUUCCGCCCGAGCGGCUUGUCCGGUUGAUGAAUAUUUUGGAGAAGAAUAUUCGUGAUGGAGCCAGAGUGUCACCAUUGGCCGAUCCGGACGAUGACGAGGAGGAAACAAAGUUGUGGCACGACAUCGCCAUGGAGCGAGUGCUUCGGGGCGUGGACUCAUCCUUGUCGGUCUUGUACAUUCUAACCUCUGCCAACAUGCCCAAACGCGUUUACUUGGAGGACGUGAUCGACAGAGUGGUUCUAUUCACCAAAUACCAGCUUUCGAAUACGAUAUUUCCCUCUUUCGAUCCAGUGUACAGAGUCACUUCCAAGAAAGAUGGUGUGAGUGCGAAGAAGAAGCGGGCGCACAAUAAGGAAGUGCGCGAGAAAAGCAUUUUGCUGUUGUACAAUAAGCUGAACGAAGUAGUUGGUUUGCUCUCUGAGUUGCUGUCAAUACAAGUCCUAACGGACACCGCUGUGUUAAAUGUGUCUACGCUGAGUGUGUCUCCGUUUUUCGUGGAGAAAGUGUCUGAAUUGCAGUUGUCCUCACUUAAAUUAGUCACCACAAUUUUUACUCGCUACGAGAAGCAUAGAAGGUUGCUGCUGGAUGACAUUCUAGCCUCAAUCGCAAGACUGCCAAGCAACAAGCGCUCUCUUCGCUCUUACCGCUUGAACAAUCAGGAACACAUUCAAAUGCUUACUGCCCUCGUGUUGCAACUGAUCCAGUGCGUGGUCGUGCUUCCCGACCGCCUUCACAAGUCCAAGGAUGGAAAAUCCGUACCGGCCGAUGCGCCACCCGCCGAAGGCGAAGACGGAAAAUUGGCCAACAGUAUCACCCAGGUCAAUAUUUGUGUGGACCGUGAUGUAUUUGUGAGAACGCGGCACGACCUUGCCAUCCAGUUAGCUGGCACCUUUCUGACUGUCUUCUUGAACAAGUGCGGCAACAAGAAUGAAGAGAUCGACUACCGACCGUUGUUUGAAAACUUCGUGCAAGACUUGUUGACCACUGCCAAUAAGCCAGAGUGGCCGGCCGCUGAGAUGCUCCUCAGCCUUUUGGGCAACAUCCUGGUCAAGAACUUCAUGAACAAGGGCACCGACAUGUCCCUCAGGGUGGCGUCGCUCGACUAUUUAGGUGUCGUUGCUGCUAGGCUGAGAAAAGACGCAGUGUCGUCGUCACUUAAGGUUGACUCCAUCAAUAAACUCAUUAAUGAGAUCAAGGAGGAGGAGAGGAAGGACUUGGAGGAGACUGGUUCCAACGAAAAGAAAACAAAGAAAAGUGAGAAUGUAUCUGCCAUGGAGGAAGAGGAGGAGCGGUGUCAGUACCUGCAGAAGGUGUUGCUCGACUACCUGGCGGUGAACGCGCAAGGCGACCAGUGCUUCAACUACGCCAGGCAUUUCUACAUUGUGAUCUGGUUCAAAGGAGCAGCUGAUGAGAUCAGCAGACACUUUGACAACAUAGUGAAAACAAACAAAAAGACGAAAAAGAAGAAGAAGAAAAAGAAAGGUGGAGAUUCCGAGUCUGAGGAGGACGAAUCGGACGAAGACUCGGACGCUAAGGAGGAGCACGAAAAUGCCGAGGUCACCGCGUUGGUCGAGAAGCGCAAGUGCUUUCUCAUGUCCAAGGUGAAGCCCUUCGAGGACACAGGAGGAGGAAAAACGCAGGUGCUGCAGACGUACAUCGACUACGACAGCGCCGAAUUGAUUUGCCGAUACCUUGCUUCAAAGCGGCCUUUCUCCUACAGCUUUGACGUUUACCUUAUGCAGAUCCUCAAAGUGCUGAACGAGCACUCAAUCGCGAUUCGCACAAAAGCAAUGAAGUGCCUGACGAUGGUCGUGGAGGCCGACCCUUCGAUUUUGGGCCGGACUAACAUGCAGUACGGCGUGCAGCACUCGUUCCUGGACCACGCGACCUCGGUGCGAGAAGCGGCCGUCGAUCUCGUAGGCAAAUUUGUGCUCAGCUGUCCAGAUCUGAUCGACAAGUACUACGACAUGCUUUCGCAACGAAUUCUGGACACUGGCGUCAGUGUGCGUAAAAGAGUGAUUAAAAUCAUGAAGGACAUAUGCAUAGAGUGUCCAGAGUUCCCGAAAAUACCUGAAAUCUGCAUAAAAAUGAUCAGGAGGGUAAACGAUGAAGAAGGCAUCCGAAAACUUGUCAUGGAGGUGUUCCAAAAUAUGUGGUUCACGCCAGUCAAAGAGAGGCCACAUUUGGACAACAACGCUCUGCUCCGGAAAGUACUUAACAUCACUGAAGUCGUUUAUCUGUGCAAGGACACUGGACUCGAUUGGUUCGAGCAGCUGCUGCAAAGCUUGUUUAAGCCAAAGGAAGACAAAGAUGACGCUGCGAAAGUGCAGACGCAGCCGCCACAAGCGCUUUUGACGGCUUGCAAGCAAAUAGUCCACUGCCUGAUUGAAAACGUGCUGCGCUUGGAAGGCACCCGAUUUGAAUCGUCGUCAGAGACAAUGACGCCGGAAGAGGCCUUGACCCAAAGACUGGUUGCAAGUCUCACAACUCUGUACCUGCUGGCCAAAAUCAGGCCCCAACUGUUGAUCGAUCACGCCACCACCCUGCAGCCUUACCUAAGUUUGAAAUGCAAGAGCUCUGCCGACUUCCAAAUAAUCAGUUGCGUGGCUCGCACCCUCGAACUGGUGGUUCCGCUGAUUGAACACCCAAGCGAGUCGUUCAUGGCGCAGCUGGAGGAGGACGCAGUCAAGCUGAUUCUGCAGCACGAAAAGUCCGUUGUGGCCAGCUGCCUCUCGUGUCUAGGCUCUGUCGUGAACAACGUGACCAAAAACUUUAAGUUGAUCAAGGACUGCUUCAAGAAUUACUAUGGCACUAUCACUUCGUACAAGCAGCUACAUUUGAAAGACAAAAAUGACCCACGGCUCAACCAGCACAAGGCCUACUUUAAAAGGGCGCUCUUCACGGUCGGCUUGCUCAUCAGACACUUUGACUUCACCCUUCCUGAGGUCAACGAAGGCUUGCCUCCGGACAUCAAGGAGCAGGUGUUCCAGACACUAUUCUACUUCCUUCAGAAUGGCAACUUCGAUGUGCAGUACUUCACUCUGCAGGCGAUCGGCUCGAUGUGCAUCAGGCACUACGACUACAUGCUGAUGGACGACCUGAAAAACAUGUACCACCUGCUGUUGACGGACAAGGACGCGCACAUUGCGAUGCGAAUCCAAGUUCUGUCCAAUAUAGAAACGUACCUGCAAGAGGAGGAGCUGCGGAUGAUUAAGCAGGACCAGGAGUGGGCAAAACUGUCAAAGAAGGAGAAUUUAAAGGAAAUGGGAGACGUGAGCUCUGGCAUGGCCAGCACUGUGAUCCAAAUCUACUUGAAAUAUGUGCUUGAUGCUUUUCUUCACUCCAAUGUUGCUGUGAGGAAGGCGGCGCUAAGAGUCAUUCAAUUAAUUUUACAGCAAGGUCUCGUCCAUCCUGUACAGAUUGUGCCGUACUUGAUUUGCAUGAGCACGGACAAAGAACAGGCUGUGAGCCACAGUGCGGACAAGCAGCUGCAGGAGAUCGAGAAAAAGUACCCAGGCUUCAUCCACAUGAAGACCCUGGACGGCAUCUGGCUGUCGUUCCGCCUGCAGGAAAUCCUGCAAAGCGGCGAGAUGGUGCGCGGCUUCCGCACCAAGGAAAAGGAGCUGCCGACCGCGCUCAAUGGCUUCCUCUACUCGAUCCUGCGCAACACCAAACAGCAGCGCAGAGCAGUCUCGCUCUCCAUCCUCAAGCAGUUUGAUGAGCAAGCAAAAACGAGUCUGUCUCAAAUGCUCUACUUGGCCGACAACCUCGCCUACUUUCCUUACCAGGUGCAGGAUGAGCCGCUUUUCAUUGUGCAUCACAUUGACAUAGUCCUUUCCUUGUCUGGAACCAAUCUGCUCCAAUCAUUUCGCGAGUCGUUAAACCUGACAAAACCGGCAAACGAACUGGGACCAGAGGAAGAGCCUGUGAUAGACGAAGAGGAUGAUGAGGAAGACGUCGACGAACUUAUGAAACGAAUUUCAGAUAACAAUAAGCCCCUUCUCGACUGCAUCACAGCGUCGCAAGGCUGCAUGCUUUUAUUAGUUUUAAAACAGCAUCUUAAGGAUAUGUACGGAAUAAGUGAUUCGAAACUAGGGCAGUACGCUCCGACCGAGUCGGGGAAGAUUUAUGAAAAAGCCUUGACAAGGAAAAGUAAUUCAAUUUUUGAGCCGAAAGCCACCUUGCAAAAGCUGAGGGAAGGUUCGCUCACGACGCUGCUGACCGAGGAGGACAAGCGAGACGUCAUUCGCCAAUACUUAAGUUUUAAGCAACUUAUGCUCAGUUUCGAUGGCAAGGACGGCGACGAGGAUGAAGAGGAGGACGGCCCAAAGGUUACCAAAGUGUACGCCAUUUCGCAGGCGGCUCCGGACGAGUCGGCAUGCACUUCUGCCCAGGGCCCUGACGGCCAGGAGGUGCAGUAUCCGAAAAUCCCGAAACUAACAAUUGUGCCAGUGAAGGUUCCGAACGAGGGCAGUGGCAAGUCAUACAAAUCUCACCACAAGGUGCACAAGUCGGAGCGCCACCGCAAGCACAAGCACAAAAAGAGGAAACGCGUCGUGAACAGUGAAGACGAGGACGACGAAAACGAAUAUAGUGAUCCUGAUUUUAUUGUUUAAUUGUUUGCUUCUCUAGUAUUCAAGUGGACCUUGUUAAGUGGUGUACAGAACAGAACACAGACACACGUGACGUUUCUUUUCCUGUGCAAAGUUAUCAAUUGUAUCAAAGAUUGGUAAAUACUAAGAUAAUUGUGUAAAUAAAUAAACACACACGCAUAUAUAUUUAUUAAAGAAGGUGUGGGGAAACUUCUACACCACAAAAUUUACCUGAAA